AUGCGUCGACCCUACGUAGAGCCGGGCCACCGCUCUGCUCGUCCCGGGAUCCGACACAGGUCUCGACAGGACGGUCCCGAUCGCAAGGGCCGUGACCCCAACACACUUGGUCGCAACGGAAGCGACAGGCGGCCUGCACGACUCGUCAGCGAUCGCGACUCGGAAACCGAGACCACGGACUCUUAUAUCGAAGACGACGACGACCAGGGCUUCAGGACCGACGAGAACGCUGUCACCGCCAACGAGGAGCUCGACGAUGACGACGACGACGAGACAUCGAUCGUAGACAGCUCUGUGACGGGCGCCUCUGUAACCGACAGCUCUGUAGGCUCCGCCGGUCGCUCUCGACCUGCACCUGCCAUCCGUGGCGCUGGUACCCGCGCUGUUCAGGACUCGGAAGACGACUCCGAAGACGAUUCAGACGAUGAUGAUGAUGCCUCCACCGAUGCUCCAACGCCGCGCAACCAGAGCAGAAGCAACCUCGCCGCUGCCACGCCUCGCAGUCGUCCCCGCGCCUACUCGCGCUCCAACAAGCUCGCACCUGAAGACGAAGGUUGGGCUCCCGAGGGCGGGGCCCCCAAAGAGCGUCGCAAGGGCGGCAUCUUGGGAAGAUUGACGCGUAUUGGCCGCAAGCGAAAGGGUUCCAGUCCACCUGCUGCUCAAUCUCGUCAAGCUGCCAACACCGACCUCGUCCUUGGACGGUCGUACGGAGCCGUCCGCGAGCUGCGCAGCCGCAAGAGCAAUGUCGGGCAACGACCCACUUCGAUGAUCUCCAACGGCACCGGAGAUCGACGACGUGGCGCAGCUGCCGCCGCCGCCGUCGGGGCUGUUGCCUCGGGAGCUGGUGUUACAGGCCGUUCCGCCGCCCGUUCCUCCAACCUUGCGAGCAGCCGAAGCACUUCCGGACGUGGCGGUUUCGAGGACGACUUUGACAGCGAGCUUGGCUCUGCUCCCCCCCGAGGUGCCGGUCUCCGAGCUCGUCAGCCUCCUUCCACCAUCGCCAGCGACGAUGCAACAGAUCUGGUCGAUCGAGACGAUGCACCUCUCCAAACGUCCGAUGUUCCUCCCCGCAUCCCCCUUCCGAUCGCCCUGCGGGACGCAGAGAAUGCUCGUUCUCCUGAGAUCGUCGACCCCUUCGGCGAGCGGGCCGCCACCAAGCAGUCCCACGUCCGCAGCAAGUCGGUCGCUGAAAGCGUGCAGCCCAGUGUCCUCGACAGCAGCGACAGCGCCUCGCUCGCCCGACCCGCCUCGCCUCUGAUUCCUGCUUCCGGCCCACUCAGCCACAACGAUGCUAUCGUGCCCAGCCAGCGUCCUUCGAUGCAGUCGCUCAGGGACAAUGAGAUCGACGAGGACGCUCUCUCGCGAUCCCGCAAGCCCAGCAUCGACCUCCGUGCCGCUGCUGGCGGCGCUCUGGGCGGCCUUGCUGCCAUGAUCGGCUUCGACGCGCUUCGCGAGAAGAAGAACGGUCUUCCUCCUAAGGAUGACCCGGUCGCCAGCGCACUCGGUCUCGUGCCUUCCGACGAUGUUGCCACUCAAAACGCUGCCGCGGCGUCGACCACCUCGGUCAACACGGCUACGCCGGCUGCUCCCAUUGCAGCUGCUGAGCCUGUUUCCAACGAGACUCUCUUGCCCAGGAGGACCCGACGACAGGGCAGCAAGGCUUCUGUUCUGACCGGCGCCACGUCAGGCGAGUCCCCUUCGGAGCUUCCUUAUACCCUCGAAGACGGAAGCCCAGCCAACAGAUCUGCGCCAGCACCUGCCAUCACGGGUCCUCUGGCACUCGGAGCCGGUCUUGGCGGUCUUGCGGCUGCUGCUGGCGUCGCUACCGGAACAGAUACCGACAGCGAGGUCAAGCUCAGGAGACAAAGGUCUUUGAAGAACAAAGGCAGGGCUCUCGCAGAGGACGACUAUGAGAGGACCGAGGCCAAUAUCGCGCCUGUUCAGACUCGAGACUAUGCCGCUCCUCCCUCGGUCGUAAGCGCUGUGUCCGAGAUUCCACCGGCCGACGACGAGGUCGAACCUGCUUACACUGCCGCGCCGCUUAACGAGAAGAGCGGCUACAGUCAGCUCGGUAUGGCUGCUGCUGCUGCUGCUGCUCCCAUCGCCGCUGUCGCUGCUGCUGCUGGCACUCGAAAGCCCAAGACGUUGAAGGACAAGAGCGCAAAGCCGCCCAAGGGCAGUCGCGGUGUCGAGAAGCUGCCGGCGGUCAACGAGGACGGCUCCAUCUACCGUCGUCCCAUUCCCAAACCAGAGAAGGGCGGCUACUUGCUCACACCAAGCGUGGCUCCGAGCGUCGCCGAUCCUCUGAGCGUGCGAGGUGUGGGUCGCAGACGUCCUGUUGCGUCCCAAGGCGACUGGCUGUCCAAGGAUCUCUCGCCGCAGCAGACCCACUACUUCAUCCGCGAGCUUUCGGCACGAGAGCUGCGUUGGGAGCUCGACCGCGCCUUCCUGCUGACCAGCCUGGAAAAGCCUCAGCGACCUUCCCGCUUUGCCCGCAAGGACCUUUCGAGCGUCGAGGACGACUCGCGCAUCAACGACUUUGACGAGUCGUCCGACGAGGACCUGCUUGCCGAAGAUGAGGACGAAGACGAGGAAGCCGUCUUCCGACGUGCACCGCAGCUCGGCCAGGGCGUGUACAAUCAGCCCACCAUCCCGGACCUGCCGCUCCUGCGCUUCCUCUUCAAGAACGCCUUCUGCACCUUCCCACUCUUUGUGGCCAACGAAGAGAAAGCGGAUCAGUACGUCGGCGGACCACCGGACAAGGCUACGCUCGCGCGAAACUACUUCUUCACUGGCAUCCUGCCUCUGCUGCGUGCGAUCCACACGCGCUCGCUGUCUGCCUGGGUCGACCGUCACGGCGAAGGCGACGGAACGCCCUUCAGCGCCGUUUCCACCACCGGCUCUCUCCGCAGCCUCCUCACCAAGUGGGCUUCUCGCUACGUCACCGCCGUGCUGCGCGUCGGGCCUGGCGAUCCGUACUUUGAGGACGACGAGCCUGUUGAGAAGGAGUCUUGGCCCUGGCCGGCCUCUAAUCUCCUGCCACCCGAGGCGUACUACGCCUUCCGCAAGCCGCUGGAUCGCCUCAAGUAUGGAGGUUACGAAGUCGACCUGGUCGGCAUCCGCAAGCACAGCUCCACCGAGCGCGACUACAUCCUCCGUCUCCGACGCCCCAACGCUCCCGACCAGUACGUCGUGCGCAACGACAACGACUUCGAAGAGUACCGACGUAACCUGGCCAAGGACCUGAGCCCGUAUGCCUUUGUCAAGCCUCUGCCUCGAACUCGCGGUCGUCCCGAUGAGGGCGAAAGCGAUAUUGAGGACGGCAGCCCGUAUGGCUCGGAGCGCUCAGAAGGGUUCAAUGCGGCCGGUCUGGGCUCUGCGGCGCUGUACAAGUCGCAGGAUGAUCGACUGGGUCGCAAGGCCUCGGAGCGAGAACUGCGUGGCGGCGGACGCGACGGACGAAGACGCUACAGCUCUGCUAAGCAGAACGGUCGUCCUGUUCUGGGCCGUGACGACCGAUCGGAGUACGGAAGCGAGGUCUUCGAGGACACUGCGGACGAGAAGUACCUCGACGACGAUGACUACUCCGAUGCUACGCUGCAGCCUAGGCGUGGUGCUUCUCGGCGAGGAGGACGUGGCGGGCAGGCUCAAGCGAAUGGUAAGAACCGUCAGUCGCUGCUCGACAAGGGCAAGGGCUCUUUGCGCAAGCUCACGGGCAAGGAGUCGCAGAACACGUCGCGCAACAGCUCGCUCCGACGAAAGGAUGGUCCCAAGAACUCGAUGUCCAGGCAGAACUCGAAUCGCCUUGCUCCGCCUAUGACGAGCGUCGGCGGUGCGGGUCGGCCCGAGCGCGCCAGCACUUCGUCGCGCCGCCCUCCCGCUGCUGGUGCUAUGGACUUCGAGGCUCGACGCAACAAGCUGCGAACGUGGCUGCGCGACACGCUCGCCGUGCGCGAAGCAGGUCAUGCCAACGAGACGCAGAACUUCCUCACCAUUGGUGGCUUCAUGGAGCGCAACCUGCGACGCAGCGACUACGAAGACAUCAAGGAGCGUAGCCGCGAGGACAGCCAUCGUCGCAAGGAGCACGGUCGGGAUGCGGCCGAGGCGGGCGACGAUGUUCACGACCUGCGGGACGUACGCGACGAAAUCUGGUUCGAUUGCGUCGAGGGCGAUGGCUUCCUCAAGAUGUACGAUUCGCUCCGCGAGACGCCCGACUAUGCGCGUCUGCCGCUGGGCUACCAGAAGAUUGUCUCAUGGGGCAACUUGCAGAUGGCACGCUGGCUGUACGGCGUCUUUGUGGCGGGUGACGAGUCGCGUGCCAACCUGGCGCGCGUGCAGGACGUCUACGAGUCGGUGCCGUGGAGGAAGCUCGCGUUCGCUAUGAAGUCGCCCGUCGCUCAGAUGGUGCGCUCGUGGAGGGACGAGUUCCUGCGACGUGGCUUCCUGCAGUCGAUGCUGCACGUCAUGUUGGAAGACGAGCCCGAGACGAUCGAAGAGGACCUCGUUGAGCUGCGGGCCGCCAUCGGAUCAGACGUCAUGUUCCAGAAGCUGCGUGUCUUUGUCGACUCGCCAGGCGAUCUCAAGCGUCUCAUUCGACAGCACGCCGAGAAGGCCGGUGUUCCGCUCGUGGCUGCGAUCGUUCGUGGCUCCGAGCAGCCCAAGCUCAACAAGAUCGAGGUGCAGCGCGUCAUGGACGCCUCGGAGGCUUACCAGGACUUCAUGAAGACCCUCCCCUCAGUGACCAAGAAGAACAAUCACAAGGAGCCCGGCUACCUUCUCAUCUGCAACCUGCAGCGGGCGCUGCGUCUGCUGUCGCUCCAGCGCGAUGGUGCGCAGGUGCGAGGCAUGCUGCAGGACCCCAUGAUCGCUGACGCGCUCACCGCCGCCUUUGAGCCGCUGAUGGAGGAGGUGAGGCGUCUGCACAAGGUCAAGGGCAUUGGCAACGCGGUGAUGGAUCUGCAGUCGUUCUUCGCUCGACUCUUGGACCACCUCACGGGUCUGCGUGCUCGUGUGGUGGACCCGCUCACGGCGGUCAACAGCAUCGCCGAGAUGCUCGACGACGCUGCGCCCGCAUGGUACCGCUUCCUGCACACCGCUGCCGACUCCACCCCCACGGUGUUCAGCUUCUUCGCGUGGUUCCGUCAUCUUGCGAUGACCAUCGGUGCUGGAUCGGACGACCUAGCCCAAAUCUGGACCAAUCCGCCCGCCGCGCCUGCUGCUGAGGAAGACGAGGGCUCCGACGGCGACCGUCAAUCGGUCGAGCCCAGUCCGGAGUACGAAGGCAUCCUGGACCCGGCGACGAUGCGCGAGAUCAACUCGCUCUCGGAACACGGUCGCCGGAAGCGCAAUCGUCAGAUGGAGAUUGCGUGCCGCUGGGCGGCGGGUGAUACGGAGGAACACCACCCGGUGCAGAUCCAGGGCGACGGCAGAGGCAAGACGCGAAGCGAACCUUACAUGCCUCGCGAACCUAGGCCGGCGAGGAAGGCGCCUGGACUGGAUAGGUUCAGGAAGUCGUUCCGCGAGGCUGUGUCGAGCGCUCUCGCCCGCUGA